GCGAGGGCCGGGCGCCCCCCCCCGCGCGCCCCCAGCGCCCCCGCCCCCCCGGCCUGAGCGGGGCGGGCGGAGGAGGGAGCGGCGGCGGCGGCGGCGGCAUUGUGCGCGCACCAGCAGCCCGGCCCGGGAGGAGCAGGACGCGCCGGGGCCGCCUCCUCCCGCACGGACCCAUGAACCAGCCGGGCGGCGCGGCGGCUCCGCAGGCUGACGGAGCCAGUGCGGCUGGACGGAAAAGCACGGCGAGCAGGGAGCGCUUGAAGCGCAGCCAGAAGAGCGCCAAGGUGGAGGGGCCGGAGCCCGUGCCGGCCGAGGCCUCGCUGAGCACCGAGCAGGGAACGAUGACGGAGGUGAAGGUGAAGACAGAGGUGCCCGACGACUACAUCCAGGAGGUGAUCUGGCAGGGCGAGGCCAAGGAGGAGAGCAAGGCGGUCAGCAAGGAUGGGACCGGCGACGUGCCCGCCGAGAUCUGCGUGGUGAUCGGCGGUGUCCGCAACCAGCAGACCCUCGGGUCCUAUGAGUGUGGAAUCUGUGGCAAGAAGUACAAGUAUUACAACUGUUUCCAGACCCACGUACGCGCACACCGAGACACUGAAGCCACCUCAGGGGAGGGAGCCUCCCAAGGCAACAAUUUCAGGUACACGUGCGACAUCUGCGGCAAGAAGUACAAGUACUACAGCUGCUUCCAAGAGCACCGAGACCUGCACGCGGUGGAUGUGUUUAGUGUGGAAGGGGCCCCCGAGAAUCGGGCAGACCCGUUCGACCAAGGCGUCGUGGCCGCUGAAGAGGUGAAGGAGGAACCCCCGGAACCAUUCCAGAAAAUCGGGCCAAUGAACAAUAUUACAUCAGAAAUUUUUAAGAAGAAAGAAGUUAGGCAGACCCAAAAGAGAGAAACCGGCAAUUACACCUGUGAAUUCUGCGGAAAGCAGUACAAGUACUACACACCCUACCAGGAGCACGUGGCCUUACACGCCCCCAUCAGUACCGCCCCCGGGUGGGAGCCACCGGACGAUCCAGACACGGGCUCUGAGUGUUCACAUCCAGAGGUCUCCCCGUCUCCACGCUUCGUGGCCGCGAAGACCCAGACGAACCAGUCGGGGAAAAAAGCUUCGGCCUCCGUGGUCCGAUGCUCCACCCUCUUACACCGCACCCCUCCAGCCACCCAAACCCAGACGUUCCGCACUCCAAAUUCAGGAUCUCCAGCCAACAAGGCAACCUCAGCAGAAAGCGCUUUCAGUCGGAGAGUAGAAAGCAAAGCACAGAACCACUUUGAAGAGACGAACAGCAGUUCCCAAAACUCCAGCGAAACUGCAAGUCCCCUGAUUUCCAAUACUUUCCCUCUCCUACAGAAACCCUACACGUGUGGCGCCUGUGGGAUCCAGUUCCAGUUCUACAACAACCUGCUGGAGCACAUGCAGUCCCACGCGGCCGACAACGAGAACAACAUCACCUCUAACCAGUCCCGAUCGCCACCUGCUGUUGUGGAAGAGAAGUGGAAGCCCCCGGCCCAGAGGAACAGCGCCAACAACACCACGGCCAGCGGUUUAACAUCCAACAGCAUCAUCCCCGAGAAGGAGCGGCAGAACAUCGCAGAGCGGCUGCUGCGGGUCAUGUGCGCUGACCUGGGAGCGCUGAGCGUGGUGAGUGGGAAGGAGUUCCUGAAACUGGCCCAGACGCUGGUGGACAGUGGCGCCCGCUACGGGGCUUUCUCCGUCACCGAGAUCCUGGGCAACUUCAACACGCUGGCACUGAAGCACCUGCCGCGCAUGUACAACCAGGUGAAGGUGAAGGUGACGUGUGCCUUGGGCAGCAACGCCUGCCUGGGCAUCGGCGUCACCUGUCACUCACAGAGCGUGGGCCCCGACUCCUGCUACAUCCUCACUGCCUACCAGGCCGAGGGCAACCACAUCAAGAGCUAUGUGCUGGGCGUGAAGGGAGCCGACAUCCGUGACAGCGGCGACCUGGUGCACCACUGGGUGCAGAACGUGCUGUCAGAGUUCGUGAUGUCGGAGAUCAGGACAGUGUACGUGACGGACUGCCGGGUGAGCGCGUCCGCCUUCUCCAAGGCCGGCAUGUGCCUCCGCUGCUCAGCCUGUGCCUUGAACUCGGUGGUGCAGAGCGUGCUGAGCAAGCGGACGCUGCAGGCCCGCAGCAUGCACGAGGUCAUCGAGCUGCUCAACGUGUGCGAGGACCUGGCGGGCUCCACCGGCCUCGCCAAGGAGACCUUCGGGUCGCUGGAGGAGACGUCGCCGCCGCCCUGCUGGAACUCGGUCACGGACUCGCUGCUGCUGGUGCACGAGCGCUACGAGCAGAUCUGCGAGUUCUACAGCCGGGCCAAGAAGCUGAACCUCAUCCAGAGCCUCAACAAGCACCUGCUCAGCAACCUGGCGGCCAUCCUCACGCCGGUGAAGCAGGCGGUCAUCGAGCUGAGCAACGAGAGCCAGCCCACCCUGCAGCUGGUGCUGCCCACCUACGUCCGGCUGGAGAAGCUGUUCACGGCCAAGGCCAACGACGCGGGCACGGUCAGCAAGCUGUGCCACCUCUUCCUGGAAGCCCUCAAGGAGAACUUCAAGGUGCACCCGGCGCAUAAGGUGGCCAUGAUCCUGGACCCACAGCAGAAGCUGCGGCCGGUCCCGCCGUAUCAGCACGAGGAAAUCAUCGGCAAGGUGUGUGAGCUCAUCAACGAGGUCAAGGAGUCCUGGGCAGAGGAGGCCGACUUCGAGCCCGCCGCCAAGAAGCCGCGCUCCGCCGCCGGCGAGAACCCCGCCGCUCAGGAAGACGAUCGGCUGGGCAAGAACGAGGUGUACGAUUACCUGCAGGAGCCCCUCUUCCAGGCCACCCCCGAUCUCUUCCAGUACUGGUCGUGCGUGACCCAGAAGCACACGAAACUCGCCAAGCUGGCCUUCUGGCUCCUCGCGGUCCCGGCCGUGGGGGCCAGGAGUGGGUGUGUCAGUAUGUGUGAGCAGGCGCUUCUCAUCAAAAGGAGGCGACUGCUCAGCCCCGAAGACAUGAACAAACUCAUGUUCCUGAAGUCCAACAUGCUUUAAGACUUUUACUUCCGAACAAAAGAAAAGCGAGAGAGAACGGUAGGGGAAAAAAUUUACACAACACUGUCGCAAACAAAGGAAAGGAGUUUAAGUUCUAAACACUGUGGACCUCAUUCUAAACGCCCCCUGGAAACUUAAGUGCUUUUUCCAGUGUGUGUGUGCAUGCGUGUGUCCCAGCACACGGACCGUGGGUGCGGGCGCGAGGCUCUUUUGCUCAUCUGCGUGGCCGUUGUAGCUUCGCGCACGCGUGCACACACAUACUACCCUGGUGCAUGUCCACGCCUGCUCGCGGGCGCGUGUGCGUUAAACUGGGCGUGUCGGGAAAGCCGAGGGUGUGGGAAAGAGGGGAAACGCUCACCCCGUUUCCUCGGCGAGGGGCUUCGAAGACUUGGUUUUCAGGUGCGCAGGUUGGUAGGACGCCGAUGUUGCAAAGUGUUCAGGCAGCUGAAAUCUGAAGUGACUUGACGCGCUCUGUCCUCAGCCCAUGGUCCCCCUUUGCCCUUCAUGCCCCCUCCCCCCAGCCCUCCUCACCCUAAUGCACCCUCCCCGGCUGCCCCGCCCUCCCCGGCUGCCCUGGAUGGAUUCUCCAAACUGCAUCAGAUGGACAGUUUCUGCACUGGACUUUGUUCUUGUUCACCUUCAGGGCAUUGAGCAGCUGCCUUCGAGACACUGGCGGGUGUCACGGGGCAGCCGCCUUAGAAACACACCUAUCCAUCUCCCCAGAUCAGGAAAGGAGACUUUAAGAAUAGAAAGCUGACUUUUGGCUUUUUAAUAUAAGAAGAAAAAAAAAAAAGACAUAUUUCAGAGAAGUAUAGAUACUAUCUCCACUCCUUAAUUCUCUUCCUAACAUUUUAGCCGUUUUUACCUUUUGGUUUUGUUUUUUUCAGAUUUGAUUUAGACUCUGCUAGGAGGCACUGAAUGUCUAUAACUUAUGUUUUGAAGGUUGUUUUUUUUUAAUUGCCAUUUUUGUUCCUCAAGUCACACUGUAAACUAGCUCAUCUCAGUGGUAUAUUCGCUCUCCUACGGUUUCCAUUAGCCUUCCCUGUACAGUCCCGUGUCUGUGUAUUCGAACAGCCAGGACCACGCACUGGUCUGUGCUGUGUGGAGACCAGGAGUGGGGUUGGAGUCACAGGUUCCACGGGGGUGGGGUUCGGUGGAAGCCAUAGGGACGCCUGUGGUUGAGGAUUUCUCCUGAAUGUAAGUGAAGGCCCGCCCUCCUGGCUCGCCGCGUCCGGUCCUGCGAAUGUCCGACUGAUAUACCCAGAGUGCAUUACACCACUCGCCACAUCACUGACACUCUCAGCUCAGCAGGGACUCCUGAGCUGAUCCACGUUCACGUCCGUCACACCUCAGACCCACCGCCUCCCCACCCCUCCCCAGGACCCCAGGGGUUCCGGUGGGUCUGUUGCUCACAGCCCUGGGGUCCCCACACUCGAGCCUCAGCCCUCCUUCCAGUAAAUAGUUGCGCGGUGCCUUGUGGGCCAAACGAUGGAUGUCUGGAGGGUGGAAUGGCAUGAGGCCACCCUGAGCGAUGCUGUGAAAGAUGUCCGUAGGCUUUUCUCUCCACGAGCAGUUCCGUUUGUACACACUCAGUCCAAACACCGAGGGUGGGCGCCCCCCCCGCCCCCCCCCCCCCGCCAUCUAAGAGGUGGUUCCAUCAGGAUCAGUGAUCAGCCCCGGCCCACCUCUCUGUGAAUAAAGUGCUGGUGGUCUCCCGUCCUCCGGUGCCCAUGGCUGUGGCAUGGAUUUGGCGACACCAAGGGCUUCAGGCUGAGGACGGCCACAUGGCUUCCACAAAGGCACAUUCUACCGUCUCGGGGGCUAGGGCGACUCCACCCCUUCCUCCUAAGAAAGCAUUACUCAACUGCCAGAUACCUCGACUACAGAAAGCACUGUUCCCUGCCCUCUCCCGGCCCUUGGCAGAUGGGCAAGCGACGCUGGUAUAGAAACACUGUCCCCGGGGGCCUCUCCUGCUCACUUUGCCUCAUGAGAACCACCCCUCCGAGACUUGGAUGCACUGCAAUGUAUGAGAGUGGGCUGUGGGCACGUUCUCUCCAGCAAAGCCAUGGCCUCAGCCACCGCCCUGCCACUUCCUCACCCAGAGAAGGGCUAGGUGUUUCCCCGCAACGUCUCCAGCUGGGCUCACGCCAUCAGAAGAGCCUCCAUUCGCACUGGCCAGUCACCUGAUGUCACUUCCUAGAGUGUCUCGGCAGACUUCGGGCCUCCGGGCCUUGCAGAAGGUGGCUGCAGGGGUGCUGAGGAGUGACGGGUACCUCCAGCUCCAGGUUCCUCCCGCCCUGCUCUGCUCUGCUGCCAGGGAAGGGGCCACACCAGGAGGGUCAGAGCUGCUCCCUUGGUGUGGUCGGUGGAAACGGCCUUGGGCCCAUCCUCCCCCUACGUGGAGCAGAGCUGUGUGCUGGUGUUGCCCGUUCUGCGGCCAGUUCGUUAGGAAGUAGGCAGUUCACGUUCUUGUAAAGCCAUCAGAGACCAAGUCCAGAUGUGCAUUUAGAGUCUUUGGACCACGGGAUGUCAGCCCUCCAGAAUGAAAUUCGAGUCUCACUGAAUUCUAGGGACCGAGUCACGUGUCGUCAUCUGGUCUUCCGUUCCACCUGAGUUUAGUCCUUAGGACAGGCGCUGAAGCUGUCUCCUGCGGCUUCCUCGACUACCUGUGGUGACGAGGUGGCAGGUGGCCAUCUCUCUCUCUCUCUCGCAACCUCUGGAUCCCCAGAAGCUGGUGCCGCCCCUCAGCCUGCUUCCUCACGCAGGCAGUUCCCAUAGUGCAAAUCCUGCUGCCGCCAACCGCGUAACAACCCAAAGAUCUCACAGGUCCAGCCACUGGCCCCCGAUUUAUAGCAAUAUCCACCUUGUUCCGAUUCUAGCCCAGCCAAAGGACGGAGGUGGGCUCUUCCACUUAAUCUCCAGGCACGGACCUGGCCUUGACCUAUGGAAGGGUCUUGUCUCCUGCUUCCUGCUCCUCUGACAGCUGUGGGACUUCCCAGCACAGGCCCGUGGCAGCUGGCAGACCAGGGACCGUUCCUGUCAUGUUCUGGGCAGCUCCAGGUGUUCGCCUGCUGACUUGGACACACCUCGUCUCAAGCCACGUGAUUCCCAGGACAGACCGGGCCUUUGCUUUGGCGUACACAGACCCAAGAGGAGACUGCGGGGUUGGCCCCUCCCCUGAGGUCAGCUGGCUUCCCCACCCAAGCCCAAAGGACCGUGCUUCGUGGGUGGUCCUCAGAUUUGGAGUAGCCAGGGGGUCUCGACUCCACCAAGAGCAGUGGUGCCAUCCCAGUCAUCGCGCGUGGAUGCUCCUGUCCCAGCAACGUCCUGCCUUCCCUGCGCCUCGGUCAGCCAGCCAGGCACCCCCCCCCCACCCCCCCCCCCCCCGCCCGCCCCAGGUGGUAGGUAGAAACCAGGAAACACAAGGGCGGGGCCACCUGCUGCGUCCAAUUCCAGCCCACCUGGCAACCUCGUGCUUGGCCUUCAGAGUGGCUGUUGGCUGGGCAAGGCCUGAUGGCACACUGAGGAGUGUGGGUCUCUGGGAUUCUAGGAAGGACUGUUUGUCUACACCAGGUCCAGAGGCUGCCAGGAAUUCUCUCCUUCGGUUUGCUCCUGUCCUUCGCGUUCAAGAAACACCGGAGGCAAACUGCAGGGCAGGUUUUCCAUGGUGACGCCGAGCUUCUGUCUUUGGGAGACCCCAUGCUUGCGGGAGGCUGCCUGCCUCCUCCUUGGACCGGGCUCCUUGGAGAGUGCGUGGGCCCCUGGAGGGAUGUCAAGGAUACAGCGCAUGCUCUCUGGGCUCCACGGGGUCACAAGGAAGGUUAGAAACGAGGCUGGGAUGCGGAUGGAGAAGGAGGGCCCGUGAGAAAUGGCCCGGAGGGGACAGUACCUGGAGAUUGUCAUCGUGAGGGACACGCAGAGAUGGAAGAGGAAGUGCACAGGACAUGUGAGUGGGCUCCUGCGCCCUGGAGCUGGACUGAGUUCAUGGCUGCGCCCUGGCCUUGGGGACAGGCCAACGCCUGUGUCCCUGGAUGUACUUGCAGGAGGGCUCCUAGACAGGCUGCUGCUGUAGACAGAACCAAGAGGCUAAGGAAGGCUCAGGCUGCUCCCAGAGACAGGAGGUGAGGGCUCCUGUCUUGGCCCUGCCUGCCCUGGCCCAGCCCCCGGUGUCCACCUGGGCCGGUGGGAGUCUUGGGAUGGGGCUGCCCCCUCUUCACUGUGGCUAAUGUUUGCUAGGCCAGUUAUGGUGAACCAAUGAUACAGUGUUUCCCUCUCCUCUUCGCCUCCUGGCUCCCCCCUCAGGAUUUUCUGGAGGAUUUGAUUGUUUCUCUUGGGCUCUCAUUUGGGUUUGAGGAUCGUAGUCAGUCAGAGGCCUGCCUUUCCCGAGGGGCCCUGUGCUUUCCUUGCGAAAAGGCACCUGCUCCCCGCGUGGAUGAGGGUGGAGAUCCUGUUGGUCUAUUCAUGCCCCCUCCGCCACCACCACGGUGUUGCUUCAAAGACUCGGCUCCUGUUCCGAGGAGGAUCUGCUGGGUUUGCAGUUGGGCGUCAGCAUUGGACCCAUGAGGGUCCCACCCAUCCACUGGGCACCUUGACUCUUCAAACCAAAGUUCCUUACAGGGGCACAGCCCAACCUCGACUGCAACCUCAGGGGCCUGGGAUCCCUGUGGCGCUUCCUGAAAUCCAGGUUGGCAGAGACCUGGGGGUCUGAGGCCAGCUGGAAGGAGGGCCUCCUCCCACAACCCAGGGGGACCCCCUCCCGCCCAGCCAGGGCAGCUGGGUUCCCAAGCAGUGAGCCAGCUCGUGGACUGGCCUGGGGCUGGGACUCACCACCCAAGAGACAGAGGGACCUGCGGGGCUGAAGGCUCAGACCCACCAGGCAACGUGUCCAGGGCCAUUCAGAUCCCAACCAUCAGGAAAUCAUUUUGUACAACCACCCGAAGCAGAGAUAUUUUUUAAAAAAGGAUAAAUUAUUUUCCGUUCUCUUCUGAUCCUACCUUUGUCUUUCCCCCACAGCUUCCCGUCGGUGAUUCUUUCAUAUCAGGUAAAGCUUGAGAAAGCCUUGGUGCCCCUCCCUCCCAGGCCCCACUCCGUAGCCACGUGCGCACACCCCCAUCCUUUCUCAGUAGUGAAGACGUUCUAGGCAAUACCAUAGGCACAUCUGACUGUGUCUCUCUCUUCGAGUGCAAGAAACUCAAGUCAUCUUAAAAAAAAAAAAAUGCAAAAAAAAAUUUACAAAAAAACAAACACAAAAAAAUAUCUUUUUUAGGCCAGAGUUUUCUACAGGUAUUAAUGAAUAUUUUUCUUAAUCCUUAUAAGUUUUAUGUGUUUAAUAUUUCUUAAUACCGGUAGCAUUAAUUUAUACUUUUGUAGCAACACAAUAUUUUUAUAAACAGCCAGUGCUUGGCUCAAGUCUCCACGAGGGGUUUAUACAGGGCCAUCUUGGGACCCUGUGUACCAUGUACUGUAUUUAAAAAAAAAAAAAAGUUACCUAGUGUCACCCUUGCUGUGUUAAUUAACAAAAGACGUUGUUUGCGGUCUCCUGUGUCGGUGUGGAUCCAACAGCCUGUGGGUCCGACAGCUCUGCAAGGGGUCACAUUGCAUGGGGGUUGCGUUGACGGUUCUUGUGUGAUGUGUGAGCCCCCGAGACCAAACUUGUGGGUAUAUUUAAGGGUUUUCUGUUUGUCCUUUGGGUCUUUCCGUUUCACUUUGUUUGGGUCCCUGGUACCGUUUUCUCCAUUUAUAGCCAAAUCAAUUUCGUGAUGUUUCAAACUUUUACUGAUGUCAAAUGGAGGAAAGGAACAGAAAAAGGAAAGAUUUUUACGAAGUAAUAAAAUUUAAAACUGAGCUGUUUAAAUGUUGCUGUUUUUAACUGUCUGUUCUUGUCCAAAAGUGGGACAUUCCCAGGGAGAAGAGGAAGGUCCCACUUGGUUCCUUAAAUCGCCAAAAGCCCCCGCCCAGAAUUCAGAACCCCUCGACCCCAUGAAUUCUUGCAACAUUAUUUCCCGGUUGGUUGAUGCCAAGGCAAAAGACAUCCUUUUAAUGGUUAGAGAGGAUCAGUUGCUUAAAUGACUUCAUGUCGGUGUUGUAUUUAUGGUUUUACAAUAAAACGACCUUUAGGAAGA